AUGCAACCUCUCACCAUCGUCUCUCUAAUUAUGGCUUCACUCUUUCUCUUUGCUUGUUGGGCACUAUCACCCAAGACUUUGAAGAACUUUCCACCAGGGCCACCAAAACUACCUAUUAUCGGAAACAUACACCAACUCAAAACCUCCACCCCUCAUCGUGUUCUUAGAACCUUAGCCAAAAAAUAUGGCCCCAUCAUCUACCUACAGCUCGGCCAAGUCUCUACAGUUGUCGUGUCUACACCUCGAUUAGCUCGAGAGAUCUUGAAGAUCAACGAUAUCUGCUUUGACGACAGACCCACCAGCACAGCCUCUCGAAUAUUCUUUUAUAACGCUCAAGACAUUGGGUGGGCUCCUUGCGGAGAAUACUGGAGACAGAUGAAGAAGAUAUGCAGAUUAGAGCUUCUAAGUGCUAAAAAGAUUCGAUCUUUCAGCUCUAUUCGAGAAGAGGAGGUUAGUAAUAUAACCAGGGUUUUUGAAUCGAAAGCCGGAACACCCGUCAACUUCACGGAAAUGACUGUGGAGAUGGUGAAUAAUGUGAUAUGCAAAGCUACGUUGGGAUAUUCUUACAAAGACCAGGCUACAUUGAUCGAGCUAUUGCUUGACGUGUUGAAAACUUUGAGUGCUUUCAAUCUAGCAUCGUAUUAUCCCCGUCUACAGUUUCUUAACGUGAUUUUGGGGAAGAAAGCCAAGUGGUUGAAGAUGCAUAAAAAGCUUGAUGCCAUCUUGGAAGAUGUGUUAAAGGAACAUAGAGCUAGAGGAAGAAACAAUAACCAUCAGGAAGAUCUACUUGAUGUCCUGUUGGGAAGAUGCUGA